ACACGUGCCAAUGGGUUUCAAUGAGGACAUGCAUGAGGUAUGAAUUUUUGUAACAGUAGCUAUACCUCUAGAGGCGAUAACUCCCCCUAGCGCAACACACUGGAUUCAGACUCGGUCCCUCCACCUUCUCUGCCAAAGUGCAUCGCCUAUGAAGGAUCUUUACCGAUUGGUCGCAAUGCUUGAUAGAAGGUAAAUCUGGAUACAAUACGUUGAUCACAGGAUCACUUUAUUGGAAGAUGCUGGCGUAGCGACAAGGUUAAUGUUUGAUAACUAAAAGGCCCCAGAAUUGAUCCUUUCAUCUCACACAGCUUCAUGUAUUUCCUUAUUAUCGUCUGCCCUUUAACUGUCUCUACAUUCCUUCCUCCACGGCGUUAAACCAAUCACAGUCAGAGAGCAUUGCCAUGGACACGGAGUCCAUUCAGUCUGGUUAUUCCCACCACUCCAACAGGUCACGGGGAUCAAACAAACAGAGUGAACGCAGCAGUAGGGAUCGACACAAAUCACACAGCCGAGACAGCAGCAGCCGCUCAGACAAAAAUGUCACCAUCAGUGCAUCGUCUGCUCAACCACAGCAACCGGAUCAGAGCUCCGCCCCCACAGAUGCCCAGGAUGACAACUGGGGCGAGACUACCACAGCAGUCACCGGAACAUCAGACCACAGCUUGUCUCAAGAGGAUUUGGCUGGCUUCGGGAAGGAGACAGAAACUCCAGCAGAGAAGCUGAACUGUAUACGUUUCCUUCCUUUGGUCCUCACCCUCUUCCUUGGCCUGCUGGUCCUGGUCACCCCCCUGGCCUUCCUGGUGCUGCCCCAGCUGGUGUGGCCGGAGCGUCUGCAGGCUUGCGGCACAGCCUGCGAGGGCCUGUUUCUUUCACUUGCUUUCAAGCUCCUUAUUCUGCUGCUGGCCGGCUGGGCGUUGUUUGUGCGUCCUGCGAGAGCCUCCCUUCCCAGGAUUGCUGUGUUCCGUGCCCUGCUGGGGUUGCUAACGCUUCUCUUGCUGCUCUCCUAUUGGCUGUUCUUUGGAGUGCGCAUCUUGGACUCACAGGAUGAGAACUACCAGGGCAUAGUGCAGUUUGCAGUGUCAUUGGUGGAUGCUCUGCUGUUCAUCCAUUACCUGGCAGUAGUGCUGCUGGAGAUCCGGCAUCUGCGGCCUUGCUUUUCUCUUUGUGUCGUGCGCUCCACUGAUGGAGAGACUCACCACUACAACCUGGGACUACUUAGCAUACAGCGAGCAGCUCUGGUCAUUCUGGAACACUAUUAUAAGGAUUUCACAAUCCACAACCCUGCCCUACUGACAGCUGCUAAGUCCAGGGCAGCUAAACAUCUGGCUGGACUUAAAGUCUACAAUGUGGAUGGUGCUGGUAGCGAGGCUGCAACCGCUCAAUCUCGUGCUAAAAUUGCAGCUGCUGCUCGGCACAGAGACACCAGCCACAACGAGCUGUACUACGAGGAAGCAGAGCAUGAGAGAAGAGUCCGGAAACGCAGGGCACGACUGGUGGUGGCAGUAGAGGAGGCUUUUACACAUGUUAGACGGCUGCAGGAGGAGGAGAAAAAGAAACAGCCAGGAGGAGAUGAGAUGGAUCCUCGUGAGGCAGCACAAGCCAUCUUUCCAUCCAUGGCACGAGCACUGCAGAAGUACCUACGAACCAUCCGCCAGCAGCACUGCCACAGCAUGGACAGCAUCCAGGCCCACCUUGCGUUCUGCAUCACAAACAACAUGACCCCAAAGGCAUUUCUAGAGAGCUAUCUGGUCACUGGGCCCACACUGCAGUAUGGGAGAGAGUGCUUGCAGGCCAGGCAGUGGACGCUGGUCAGCGAGGCAUCUGUCACCAGUCCUCUACGUCAUGGCACUGAGUUCCAGCUCAAAUCAUCUGACUUCAGCUUGGUGGUCAUUAGCAAAGCUAUCCCCCACCUCAAACUCAGCGAGGAAUACGUCCACCCAAAGUCCCACAAGUUUGUACUGCAACUGCAGUCUGAGACCUCCGUCUGAUGGAUUAAAUUUUUCUUUAUCCAUUUGGUUUUCUACACGUAAAUUUUGGACUAGUUCUAUUUUGUUUUAAAUUCUUUUUCACUUUCUCACAAUUUAUAAAUGGCAUUUUACAUACUGGAUGUAUUUUGAUACAAUAUUUGUUAUUGCCAAGAACAAAAAAAUAAAUAAAAAACCUUGUAUGUAUUGCAUUACCUAGUGCUGGCAGGUGUGAUUGUGCAUUUGUGCUGUUUGUCUGUAUGUUACACUGUGCAAAGAGCAAAUACUAAUUACAUAAUGUGGUUAGCAACAGACUGAGGCAUAAUGGCUAGAGUUUAGUUUUUUUGCAGGUAGAUGUUAUUUAGCUUAUCUGCAUGUGUGUGUGUGUGUGUGUGUGUGUGUGUGUGUGUGUGUGUGUGUGUGUGAGAGAGAGAGAGAGAGAGAGAGAGAUGUUUUUGUAUACACUGACCACUACAUAGAAAGAGCAUGGUUGCUCACAAGAUCAAGGAAGGUCGGAAACAUCAUUCAUCACCAUUGCCGUAAUAACCCAAUCACAAUGGACACUUAUUGGAGCUGCUGUAUGUGCUUUGCCAAACAUACAUGAUCAUUUUUAGUCUGCAGGAUUAUUUGAAUUUUACCACCAUUAUAUACAGUAUAUUGGGUUAAUAUUUUCCAAAAUAAAUCAGCUUUUCCUUUGUCAUGAAUAAACUGUGAUUUGCCUUUCAUCUUCUCCAUUGUGGUAAAUUGUGAUUGAGUUAUUUUUACAUUUAAUGUAUUUUUUAGUGCGUGUGUGUGUGCGCGUGCGCAUGUGUGCGCAUCAUUGUGAAAGCAACAACACAUGUUUAUAAAACACAAGCACAUUAAUGCUGCCUAAAGAUUAACAUUUCUUUGCUUAUGAAAGCACAAAAAAAGAACAACCUGUCAUGCCUUUUUUCUACUGCUCUGUACAUUUGUUCUCAAAGGAUAAUAUAUGUUUUCUUUUGUAUUGAUAAGGGAAGAUUGUGUUGUAUUAGAUUUUCCUACAUUGUGAAACAUAAUGCAAAUUAAACUUUUUUAAGAGUUUGAAAUGGCAAAAUCACCUUUAAAGAUGGAACAGAACAACAGAAGUGUCAAUGCUUUACUUCAGUGUGUCAGUGGAAUAAAAAAAACUUGGGAGGUCCUCACCAGAAAUCAAAUUAAUUGGGCGAUUUCUGUGUUUUGUUUGUUGGUGGAACAAAUAGUGGAACUGUUUGCUACCCUAACACUUGGGAAUCUCAAAUUCUUAAUUGUAAAACACUGGAUGUUGGAAGAAAAAACUAAUAAACAAGUGUUGCAUAAUUUUUUCAGCAAGAAUAUUUUUAGUUGCGGAUUCUUAGUCAAUUUUAAACUGGAAUUUGUUGUCUUCUGAUUCAGAGCCAUUCCCCCAUGUAUCUGUAUAUAUUAUAAAAAUGUAAUAUUUCAUAUGCCAUACUAUAUGUAUUUAUUUAAUUUAUUAGUGUUUGUAGUUCACAAUUUCUUUGUUUACACCUGGGCAUGUGCAUAUGUGUUUAUAUAAUGAUAUAAUUCUGGGUGAUUUUCCUUAUUACUGUAAUAGCUAUAAUUUCCUCUGUGGAUAUGAACAUAUAAAAUAAUUUUGGUCAGUUGAAUCCCCAUGAAAUGAAUUGUCUAAAUUUGUCUAAACUAUACAUAAUGAGGAUAUAUUUUUGAGACAAAAGACUGCAAAUUAACAUUCUGAUUUAGAUCUGGCUGAUUAAUUGUGCAGCCUUAAACCUCUAAACCUUCUCAUCAAAGUAUGAAUUUCAUUGAUUGGUCAUCUCUUUAUUUAAUUGAGAAAUUGUAAAAAAGUAAAAACGCAUGCUAUUUUUAGAUGCUAUUUAAAAACGCAUGCUAGUUUUGGUCUUUGAACUAGAGCUAAGGUCAAUUCUAAAGUUGAGCCAUCUUUUUUAUAAAUAGCCAACACCAAAAUCUAAAGCACACAUUAUCAGAAAGUGAACAGCAAUGAUAUUAUUUGUUGUUUUCUAUUUUAUUCUUUAACAAAUUGGGCAUUCUGUUUUUUUUUUUUGUUUUUUUUUUUGAAGGACCCAUCACAUGUCAAGUCAAAUGAAAUAUAUUGCAUGAUUAAUAUAGACAUUUUCAGCAAUCCAAAUGUCUCCCAUCUACUCUCUUUAACAGGUUUAGACAAGUAUAUAUUGGGUGCCCAUUGUUCACAGUGCAUUUC